AUGUCUCGUCUGCAAGUCGCAUUUACGGUUCAUAAUUUAAGCACAGGGGAUGAGAACGAUUAUGGUCUUCACGUUGAGCUUGGCUUGGCACGGAACCCAUUAAAAGAUGCCGUUGCGCUUCGCUUAGAGGGUAAUAUCAUAUUUUUAAAUAAUGUUAAUAUAAUAUUAUUAACUAUCAUUUAUCAUCAAUUUAGUCAUGAUAAAUGCUAUCAUAUCAUACUAAAUAUAAAAGAGCGAAACUCUGUUUUAUCAGAAGCGUAUAAAUUGAAUAUAAAAGAAUAGUUUCUGUGAGCGUUGUUAGAGAUUUCCUCUUUCAUUUCAAGACUUUUUUGUAGGAAGGCAGGGAGAAAGUUGUUUUAAAGUACGACUUGAGCUAAUGGGCCUCUUUUCGUUGUACAAACACUUGUGAGAAGUGUUUUUAUGGAUUAUUUAUUUAUUGUUAUUGAAAAUGUGUUUCAUGUAUGCAUUUUCUACUGGCAGAUCCACCAAAAAUUGUCAUUUCCCUGGAAAGAAACACUUCCCUGAGGGCUGGAGACAAACUGGUGUUGAACUGCAGGGCGACUGGACUUCCUCCUCCACAGGUCACGUGGGCACGGUCUGGAAGAGUUUUAAGAAAUCAUACCUUAGUUGUAAAUCGAGUGAACAAAAGAGACGGUGGACUGUACUUAUGCAAAGCUCACAGUACUGCUGGGGAGGAUAGUAUGAAGAUUUUUGUUCGAGUUGAGGAUGGAGAUAAACCAACACAAGCAACAGGUAGGGAGAUCUAGUAGUCAUCUAGUGACCAGGGUUCCAGUGGCGGAUCCAGGGGAGAGGCCCGGGGGCCCCGGGUAACCCCCUUAGUAUUAGACCAAACGGUUGUUUUUAGACCACCCCCUCACCCCACUCCCCCGUUUAUCUGUAGGUCUGGAUCCGCCACUGAAUUGUACACAGUUAGUGAUACUGGAACACCUGAUAUUAUUGUGUUUCCCAUUUCAGUUUAUUUUUGUCUAUUCUACCUUCUAGCUGUAUGUUCAAGUUAUAAUUAAAAGUUAAUAUCUAGACUCACUGAAUAGUCAGUGAACUGCCAAUAUUCGUUAGCUGGGGUAAGACACGCUUUUAAGAUUCUGCUGUUUUUUAUCGCAAGCGAUAAUUAUAUAAAUGACUUGCAUUAGCAAAAACCCAUCAUAGAAUGGGGAAAAUUAUUCACUACCGUACAGUUUACUUUAUAUACUUACUUCUUUUUCUGUUUUCAGUUUCAGCUUCUGGUGCAACUCUUUCACAACCCCGGCAUAACAAUCAUAAGUGGAUAUCAAUUUUGAUAUUGGCGGGCUCAACAUUAAUACUUGCAUCGAUAACAUUGACAGUGAUUUGUUAUUACAAGCGCAGACGAUUGAAAAAAGGCAUUCCCUACUCUUCUCAGAGAGAUUCUGAAACAACUGCUCAAUUGUAG